AUGUCAUUGGCCUCCUCGGAUGUCACUGACCACCCCUGUAAUUUGGUGGCUGGGGAUGGAAAUAAAAGCCUCGGCUCUACCAAAUACCUUCAGACACAACUGCAUCCUUCUAGAAGCAGCACCACCAUCACCACUUCUCAGUUGACUCAGAGACCUGCAGCGGACACCAGGAUGGUCUACACAACCCUGAAGAGCUCCCACAAAGUCUUCGCUGCCUCCAGACAGGCCCACAAAGUGGCCACCAAAGCCCGGGAGAGGGUUGCUCCAGAGGAGACGGUCACUGGCACCUUUGCCUCCUUCAUUCAUGGUGUCCGCCCCGACCUCCUGUCCGAAAUGGUGCGCCACCGGAGCAAGCGCAUGAUCCUGGACAGCAUUGGGGUGGGGCUGGUGGGCAGCACAACCCACGUCUUCGACAUCGCCCUCCACUUUUGCCAGGAAACCUUCUCUUCCAGCCCAGUGAGCUCAGUUUAUGGGAGGAAAGGUCUCAAGAUGUCUCCUCCUCUGGCUGCGUUUGCCAACGGAGUGGCGUCCCACUCCAUGGACUUUGAUGACACCUGGCACCCGGCCACUCACCCUUCGGGGGCCAUCCUGCCGGCCCUCCUGGCUGCCUCCCAGAUGCUGCCAGCCUCCUCCAGGCCCUCUGGCCGUGACUUCCUCCUGGCCUUCAACGUGGGCAUCGAGGUCCAGGGCCGGCUCUUGCGCUUCUCCCGAGAGGCCAGCAACAUCCCAAAGAGGUUCCACCCUCCCUCCGUGGUGGGCACUCUGGGCAGCGCUGCAGCAACCGCCAAGCUCCUCUCCCUUGAUGCUGCCCGGUGUGGUCAUGCUUUGGCCAUUGCGGCCUCAUUGGCCGGAGCGCCCAUGGCCAAUGCUGCUACCUCAGCCAAGCCCUUCCAUGUUGGCAAUGCCACACGCCUGGGGCUGGAAGCCGCGCUAUUGGCUGCCCGGGGGAUUGAGGCCAAUCCCCGCAUCCUGGAUGAUGUCCCUGGCUGUGCCGGGUUCAGUGCUUUCUACGGCGACUACGAUCCCAGGCCACUGGCCCUGCAGUCGGAGGGCCAUGAGUUCCUCCUUGAGGAGCAGGACAUCGCCUUCAAGAGCUUCCCAGCCCAUCUGGGCAUGCACUGGACGGUGGAAGCUGCCCUCUCAGCCAGGAACCUCUUGGUCAAUCAUUAUGGGCGUUUCUCUCCCUCUGACGUCCGCACCAUCAUCCUGAGGGUACCCGUCUCCAAGUACAUCAACCGGCCCUUCCCCGAAUCGGAGCAUGAGGCCCGACACUCCUUCCAGUUCAAUGCCAGCACGGCCCUUUUGGACGGCGAGGUGGGCAUCUCCUCCUUCCACGACCACCAGAUCCGGCGCCCAGAGCUGGCCCAACUCCUCUCCAAGGUGGUGGUGGAGCACCCAGAGGACAACCCCGCCAGCUUUGAGAAGAUGUACGCGGAGGUGGCCCUGGUCCUGCAGGAUGGGGAUGUCCUGACAGGGCGCUGCAACACCUUCUACGGCCACUGGAGGAGGCCCCUGAGCAGGGAGUCGCUCCUGAGGAAGUUCCGGUCCAAUGCUUCCCAGGUGCUUCCUGAAGACAAGGUCGAGAGCAUCGUCCAAAUAGUGGAUGACCUGGAAAGCCUUCCUGACAGCGCAUUGCUGGCCUCUUGCUUGUAGAACAGCGGGAAGCCUCACUCCAACAUGGAACCGACUCAACAUUUCAAGGACACUGCCUCCUUCUAUUUGAAAUGAUGAUGAUGAAUAGUGUGAAUCUUAC